AUGACCACACAUGUCCGGUCUUCUCAAAGAUGUGGGAACUUUGCUGUUUUGGUGGAUGUUCAUAUUUUGCCUCAAGGCUCCAGUAAAGACACCAGCUGGUUUUCAGAUCAUGAGAAAGAGGAGGUCUGCAUGCUGCUAGAAGAAGUUGUUGCUUCCAGGGUCAAACACUACUUGGAAGUGCCUAAACAACGUGGUCAAUGGAAAUCAAUGGAACAUGCAGCAUCCGGUCCUUUGUUUCUUACGGCCAACAGUUUUCAUGUUACUGCCUACUUUAUGAAGAGAUGGGUUAAUCUCCGUUGUGGGAAACGUUAUCGUGAGCUACGUGUGUUUCCAGACAGAUUUAUAGUUUGUGUCAGUAAACUUGAAUCUAAUCCAAGUGCUUGGACAUGUGAAAAUGGUGUAUUGAAAGAAGAACUUUCCAAUGGGACGUCUGAAUAUUUUACUGAAUCUGCUGAGACCAAGAAGCUUAAGAUUAGUCUGAAUGAACAAAUAAAGCAAGACGUCUUGAAAAAAAUUGUGAAAAGGACAAAAACAAGGAAAAGUAGCACAAGCAAACCUCAAAUCAGCAAGGACUCCAAGAAAGUGUAUCUUGGCUCAGUGGACUCGCAGACAGGGAACAGAAAGAAUGACUGUCGAGCUUCUCUCAGUUUUCAAUCUGGAGUGAAAUGUACGAGUACAGGACUGCUAAAGGACUGCAUAAAUACAGCUGAGAGCAACUUAGAGCGUCCCAGUUUAGAGCUGGAAAAUUAUGUUAAUCAGAGACAGACAGAUGGUGUUAGCAGCCAGCAAAAACCUCACUCUGUGGAGUGGUUGAAGUCGAGUCUUCUAAGCAAGAGCCCUCCUUGUAGCUGUGAGUCAGCACUCCUAGGUCCAAAACAAAGUCAAAAAGUGACCAAAACACAGGUUCAACAAAAGAGCUGUGGUUCAGAAGAAAAGUUAGAGCAUUUCAGCAAAGUGUCCUCUGAAGGGAGUCCUUUAAUUCCUAGCAAUACAGAAAUGAGUAAGUGCGAUGAUGAUUGUUUAGGUCGAUUCCUGGAAGAGACGACCCCACUUGAUUCCAGGUUGUUUUCGAAACAAGACACGACAAAGGCUAUGUCUGAUGAGGAGUCACUAACUUUGAGAAAAAACCUCUCCCGGCCUCUUUCUGUGAGGAGCAAUAUAGUGCAGACAAGCCAAAAUGAGCCAAGCGCAACCACUGAAGAAUUGCCUGUGAUGCCAUCGUCUUGCUUAGAACUGCAGCCUGUGUCUUCAGAGAAGCUUAUCCAAAAGCGAAAAAAGGAAGUUGAAAAUGGUCUCAGGAGGUUAAAACUGCGAAGGCUUAAGAAGUCAUAA